AUGUACCAAAGUGGGAACCCAAGAGUCCAAAUUAAAUACAGACACAAAGAAGAACGGUCUCCAGAGUCGCUGUUUUGCUUAUGCUUGAAGUAUGUUGCGCGGAACUUGGACAUUGUUUGUAAAGAUACACCAGCAGGUUAUACAUUGCAUGAAGGGUUAGCAUUACCUAGUGAAAUAUGUGAACCAUUUAUUGAAGCAUAUCAAAAUAACGGUGGCGAAAUUUUCGAUUGUUUUGCUCAUCUAUUUGAAGAUGUUACCAAGACUAAUUUGAGAUCAGUUAAUAUACGUAAUUCGAGUAUCACGGACGACGGUCUUGAAUACCUACUCCGUCAUGAUUUAGAAGAACUUAUACUUACCAACUGUCAGAAUCUCUCACAUAAAACCUAUAUAAAUAUAUUCAAGCAUGCUGUUAACCUUCGGUCAUUAACUAUUGGUCCCAAUGUACAAAUAACUCCUUACAAUAAGCUGUCAAACUGUUCACUCACUUUAGAUGAUGUUCCCAUAAUAAUACAUAGGAAGGCACCCAAUCUUAAACAUUUAGUAUUACGGGCUAUAGCAGAAUCGCCCUUCAGCAGUGAUAAUAUAUUUCUGGGUGUUAUGCUUGAUAAGCUCUUACAGCUUAGGGUAUUGGAUCUCUCAUAUUGUUUGGGUGUUGGCAGUCUUCGAUACUUGUGUAAACUUAAUUCCUUACAUACGUUGAUACUUUUCGAUGUGCCUCAUUUGCAAGAUUCAAGUGAUGCAAUACUUAAUAUCUGUACACUGACAUCUCUCGUGUGAGUAUUAUAUGAUACACAUGUAUUUAAUUUUAUUAAUUUAAUAUUUUAAAAUUUGCGUGUGCCCAGUGUUUUAGAUAUAUCGCAAACAGAAUCGUAUCCAGAACAAGGUGUUUACAAAGACGAAAACAAAACGUUGGCACUAAUUGUGAAAUGUCUACCGAAUCUCAUGUCUUUAGAUAUUUCUGGAACAAACUUAGCUGGAAAGGGUAAGUUUCUUUUGAUGGUUACUUUUUAACUAUUCUCAAAUGUCUCCAUAUUUAUUGUCCUCACUGAUAUAGGUACUGCUGAACAAUCUCUAUGUGAAUCAUUCAGUGACAAGAAGUCAGACAUUCCUGGUUUAGAAAGCCGAGUAGAUAAUCCUUUAGAAUUUUUAGGUUUAUACCAUACCAUGCAUAAUGCUUGUCGACGGCAUGAUAUUCCAGCAAAAAUUGUAAUAAUUCGUGAAUUUAUAUACCUACUUUCAUAAUAUUUAAUUAAAUUGGUUUACCAAUGUAUUAAGUUAUAUUUGUGUUUACUUUUUAUAGAUAAGUGGCGACGCUAAUGAAUAUCAAAUAUUCAAUGCUGCUGCCUCAUGCAUGGAUAAACCAAAACUACUCCAAAACAUUUUAAAUGAUCUUUAUCACCUGUUGAGAUAUGACCAGUGUACUCAGAUAGAUCAAGCACUAGAUAUAGUAUUAGAAGCACUUACUAGAUAUGUAAAAGAGAAACUAAUCCAAAUUUCUGGGAGGUCAGUAUUCAUUAAUACAUUCAACUACAUGAAUUGUUAAAUGUUUAAUUAAAAAUUAUUUUAGUGCCACUCUGUUCUACAUUGUGAAAAACAAAGACCGGCCAUUGUUAUUGAAUGAUGUAACAGUUAAACGACGUAUCAUUACUACAUUAUUAACUGGGAUGGAUUUUCACAACUAUGAUGAAACAAUGAUGCGUAAUGGAUGUUUGACUUUGUGUCAAUUAAGAAUACCUCAAGAUGUGGUAUUUAUCGAUAAAUAUUAUUGUUAUUAAAUAAUGUUUUUAUCUAAAUGACAUUGCUAAUCUCAAGAAUCUCUGGAAUGGAUUUGGAUGUGGUUUUCACUUUUCCAAUUUUUCAAUUUUCAAAGGAGGUUUAUGGCUGUUUUUUUCCUUCAGGAUUCAAAUUCUAAAUGGUGGUUGAUGCUUGAUUUUUGGUCUUAAAGUUUUGAAAACUAAGUUUUUAAUGUGUAGGUGAUCUUAGUGGCACGGAUAAAAAACAGUUUUUUUUAACAAAAUAGUAUCUUAAAUAAGUGGUAUAAAAUAUAUAUAAGUGUUGAACGAGCAUUUAAUUUGUCAUGGGUCUUGUUUCAGUGAGGAAUCGCUAGUACAAAUAUACAAUAUGUUUUAUUAAAACUUCUAUUUUCUAUCACUAGAUUAAAAACAUUUCUAAAUUUUCAGUUUAAUUAUUGCAAAUCUAUUAACCAAUCUUUAUUUUUUAUGUAGGUGUGUAUAAUAUAACAAGUUGUUUUUAACUUGAAAAUAACAUGAAAUAUUUUGAACCUUGAAUUUUAAUUUUAAUUUAGGAUUUAAAUAACACUCGCAUAUUGGCACAUUUUCAAAUUUUAACGUUUUUGGUAAACAUGUUGCUCAUGUAAUACUACAAUCAUUUUUUUUUUUUUUUGAUUACCAUAUCUAUUCUUGAUACUGACUAUUCAGAUAUUUUAAUUUUUAGGCACAUUUUUAUAUUCGAAUAAUAAAUUAACUAUUUAGAUCAAAUUUACUUGAAUUUUAUAAAGUCUGUACAGUGAAAUCAUUUGGCAUGAAAAUAAAUAUUUUAUUCCAUUGGGCACUGUUUUAAAUAAUGUAUGAAUAGUUUGAUCAAUUUUAAAUGCCUAAGAAUAAAAUAAGUUUAGAAUUAUAAUUGGUUAAUAUUUUGAUUUAUGGAUUGGAAAAAAAAUGACCAUGGUCCUCACAGUAAUAUCACUAGAUUCGAAUUUCUCCUUGUCAAUUUUUUACUAUAGAAAUAAUCUGUAAAACAAUAAAUAACUAAUUAAUAUAAUAUUACAUAAUGUAUUAUAAUGUUGAAAUUCCCAAAUUGGAUUAACACAAAUAAUGCACCAACUUUUGGUUACUCAAAGUUUACGGAGUAAAAGAAAUUGACUUACUAAAAAUUUUGAGUUCUCGAAAUCUUAAAAAAAGUAUUAAUUUAUUUAAAACAGUUUAAAUUAAUUCAGUAGUUCAUAUAAAAUAAAUACAAAAAUAUACAUACCUUUUUAAAGAACUAGUUUAAAGUUAAUUGUUUAUGUUUAUUUGAAAUAACUUCAGCUUUUACCAAAUUUGAAUUUUUUUGUCAAGGCAUUGUUGAAACUAUUUUAAUUAACACAAUUCUGUAUUGGUGUAUUCUCCUAGUUUCCUAGUCUUCCAAGUUUUAUUUUUUUUUGUGAGUUACUGAGUUUUUAUUGAAAAUUUUUAAAAUUACAUCUUUAAUUUUUAUUAUUGUAGACAAUGUACUUACUGGAAUUACAAAUUCCUUGACUAUAUUUUCUUUUUCCCUUUUCAAUAAUUUUAAACAAAUUCACUUUUUCUGUAAGUGACAAUGUUGUCAGUUUUAUUUUUGGAAUCAUAAUACACUGACACAUGGUGUAUGAUUAAUAGAACAGAUAUCAAAUAAUUAAAAAUUUAAUCUAUUGUAUGGAUUUAUCAAGGUUCAAGUUACCGAUAAUCAAAUAUAAUGGUUGGGUUUUAUUAGGCAAAAAAUAAUUGCGGUGAUAAACUACAUAUUUUUAGUAUUAAAUUAAUAUACGAAUUACCAAAACUUCAUCUAUUUAUGGAAUUUUGAAAGGUUGUUAUUUGAAAAUCAAACGUGUUUAGUGAAAAUAAUAAUGAUGUCAUAUUUUAGAGCUAUUUUUUUCUUAAAUUGUAAAAAAAAAAAAAAUUCCUAAAAUAGUUCAUACUUCUGAGAUACGUUUGUCUUACCAAGGAUUGAUCACUGUAAUAUUAUAUAUUGCACAUUUUUUAUUUUCAGAUGUUUGAAUUUAAACGGUUGGUUCAAAUGUUGCUUCAUAUUGUAUCUACUAGUGAUCAUGAAGGAUUUGUUCAGAGAAUUGGUAUUUAUUUACUUAACUCAGUUGCAUGUCAAGUGAAUAAUAAACAAAAAAAUGAACUUGGAGAUGCUGGUGCUAUCAAGGUAAAGUAAUUAAUGAUAUUAAUCAGUAAUGAGUUAUUAUUAGUGGUGGUUUUUGCUUAAAAUAGUAGGUAAUUGACAUACUCUAAAAAGAUGUAAUAGUUUAUUAAUCUAUUUUUAGUUAAUUAAAAAUCAAUAUUUAUUCAGACAUAAAAUAUAUGUAUUGAAACUCGUUUUUGCUUUAAACAUGAUUUCAUUGACUAGGUUUAAAAAUAUUUCUAAAAUUAUUUGUCAGAUUAUGUAUUCAUCAUUUAAUUAAUCAAUAAUGUGUAGUUGGUUAUUUCUAGAUUGCUUCUUUCUUAUCAUAUUCCUUAACUUCAACUUUUUAUUUUUAUUUUAGUUUUUGAGUGGAGCAAGAAAUGUAUUGGUUCUAAAAUUAUGUUUAUUGUACAAUUAUUUUACUAGAAAUCUUGUUCCGAAGUAUCAAAUGUAGCACCUUUUCUGAAAGAAAAUUCUGGGGUUGUACUUUAGGGAGGUAAUUUUUUGAUUAUUCCAGGAGUUUUCAUAAUAAAUGGGAACACUUACAAAAACAAUGCUUUUAUUAUCUUAAAUUUUGUUUAUUUGUAAUUCAGUUUAAAAUGUUCUGAAAGACUUGUGAUUUGGACAGUAAACUUAUAUUUGCCUUUUUUAUGCAUACAAUUUUAAAACAUUUGAACCAUUUUUGAUCAUUUAUAGACAUUUUUAUUUUUUUUUCAUGUUAUAUUUAUUUAGUAGGUACUCGAUAGAUAAAAUUAUUAUACCAAACAGAAAUGCUUGAAAAUUAAUAGAAGGUUCAUUAUAAAUCAUAUUUUGUAGUAAAUAAAAAAAAAAAAAUUGAGUUUAAUAUGUAUAUAUAUUUUUAUAUGAUGAAUUUUAAUAUUAUUUAUUAUUGACGAAUAUUGUAACACUUCGAUACAUGUAUAAUCGAACUCCGCUCAUAAUCGGUUUUAGUAAGUAAUGGUUUAUCAUUGCGUACAGUUAUACACUAAAUUCCCAUCUGUAUACUAUCCUCCAAAGUUUUCAUCUACAACAGUAGCCCACCCGUCGUGUUGAUAUAAAUAUGUAUGUCUUUUUGAAUUCUCUUUUAACACCUAUUUAUAUUAAUUUCUGUCUUUUAUUGUAAAUCAACUUGUUAUUCAUUUAUUUAUGAUCCUAGAUAGUUCAAAUUUAUAUUUUUGUAUAGAAAAUGAUGGCAAUAAUUAAAGAUCGGCUUCAUCGUAGAGUAUGUGAUGAUGUUCUUGAGGUUGCCUGGUCGACAAUGUGGAAUGUAACAGAUGAAGCACCAACAAAUUGUAAAAGGUUCCUUGAUGGAAACGGAAUGAAAUAUUUCAUUGGAUGCUUGACGGUAGAAAUAAUAAUCAUUAUAUAAUGGAUAAAAUGUAUAUAAUUUAGAAUUUUGUUUGUUUUUUAGACUUUUCCAGAUAAAAAUGAGCUAAUGCGAAAUAUGAUGGGUUUAUUAGGAAAUGUUGCUGAAGUUAAGGAACUUCGACCAAGACUAAUGCAAAGCCAUUUUAUUAAAGUGUUUUCUGAUCUUUUGUUUUCAAGUCAAGACGGAAUUGAAGUAACAACAAUUAUUAAAAUAUUUUCUUUGGUUUAUCUAAGCAAUAAUAUAUUUGUUUUUUUGUAUAGGUUAGUUAUAAUGCUGCUGGAGUUAUCGCACAUUUAGCUUCAGAUGGUUAUAAAGCAUGGAUUAUAAAAAAUCCACCAAGAUGUAAAGUAUUGGACCGUAUGACAAAAGCUAUACAAAACUGGAAUCUAGAUGCUGAUCGAAAUAUUAAUUAUCGUUCUUUUGAGCCAAUAUUACAGCUUGCUCAAGUUAGGCAUACACCUCAAUGUGCCCAUUGGGCAGCAUGGGCUUUAGCAAACCUCACUAAAGUAUACCGUAAGUAUAUUAUUUAAUUGUUUAAAUGUCUUUUUUUUCUUUUUCUUUUUGUGGUUUACUGCCAAUAAAUACAAUCCUGAGUCUUUGAAUAUUAUCUUUCCUCCAUAAUUUUAGAUGACCUAAAGGUCUCUUUCUUUGUGGAAUAUCUUCAGUUCCUUAAUCUAAUUGGUGAACUAAUGAGGUUUAACUGUUAUUUAUUAAUUCGACCUAUAUCUAAAUUUAAUAGUUCAUAGUUUUGAUUGUAUUUUUAUUGCUAUUGGUUUUAGCUGAAAAAUACUGUUCAAUUGUGAUAGGCGAAGGAGGAUUAAGGAUUAUGCAUGAAUUACUUGAAGAAGAUGCUCAAAUUGAUCAGAAUAGUGAACCAGGGGUAAUCCACAGCCUAGCUCAAACUGUCAUCAACCAAUGUAUGAUUUUUAUGAAAAACACUGUAGAAGCAUCAUCACAGUUAGAUCAGUGAGAAUACUAAUUUUAUUUUUCAUUUUAUUCUACCAAAAUAUGUUCUUUAUCUGUACACAUAUUACUAAUUUCAUAAAAAUGAAGGAACGUGAUACAUUUGUUUUUGAAAUUCAAUAUAAAUAUAUUUGUAUUAUUUUGAAUAGUGUAAAUUGUGUAGAGUAUGUAUUUAUACUUGACAUUAGUAGAAAAAAAAAGAAACCAAAAACUAACUAAAUUAAUAUUAUAAAUAUUUAUAUUAAUUGUUAGCAUGUAUGUUACUAUUGUUAAUCAAGUAUGGUAAUGAUAAUAAUAUAAUUAGUGAAUGUUAUUUAAUUACAUUCAAUGUUAAAUGUUAAAAGUUUAUAAAUGUGUACCUAUGUAUGUACAAUUGUAACAUAUAUAAUCUUAACUAUUUUCUAAGACUUUGUGUCUUUUAUAUUCAUAGUUACAUCUUUAAAAGUUAAUGUUUUUUUUUUUUCUUUUGAUUUAUUAUUACUACCAUGAAUAUAUUUCUUAUGUUUUUAUUUUAAUUAAACAAAUAACAAAAUAUUGUUUUUAGUGGUUAAUACCAGUCUUGUAUUUUUAUACUUAUUGGAAAAAAUGUUUGGAUACAUAUUAUUCUGAUUAUUAUUUUUUUUUUUUGCAUUUGUUAUUCACCAAAAAAAAAAAAAAUAUAUAUAUAUGUAUUUUUCUUCUAAAACUAAUAAUAAUUUUAAAUUUAUAAUUUAAAUCUAAGAUUCAUAUGACCAUAUAAUAAAUAAUGAAGGUAGCAUUUAGUUUUUAUUUUCUAUAGAAGUUUAAUAAAAGAACACUAACAAAUGAUACAUACAAUUUUAUCUGAAAAAAAUUACUAUGUGUUAAUGAUUUUUGUAGUGUUAGAAAAGGGAGGGGCUAUUAUACCCUCUUCUAAUAUAAUUUUUUUUUUAAUAUUAAAUUAUUCAAACAUAUAAUAUUUUAAAUCAUUCUAUGAAGAUAUGGGGAAAAAUUAUAGAAAAGAGAAUUUGAAGUAAAACAUAAAUAUCUAAAAACCAGUUUGGUGAUUUUCUGCCAGAGAGUUUAACGAUAGAAUUACCAUUCUUUUUUUCAUUUAUUUGGUUACGUAUACCGAGUAUUUUUUACAAGACUGGUUAAUACUCGAAAAAAAUAAACGAUAUAACAAUAAUUAUGUUAAAUGUAUAUUUGAAAGAUGCCAUCUCAUAAAUUUUUUUAAGUACAUUUUUAAUGGUCCAACAUUUUAUCAAAUAUCUUACCAUGUAAACCGAGCCUUACAUCUAUUAAACAUGUUCACUCUAUGCAAAAAAAGUAAUAUUUUCUAUGUAUUUCUUAUUUUGUUUUUAUAUUUAGUCAAGGGUGAACUGUUUAGACCAUUGGUAGGGUGAUCUUUGUUUGGGCCGGAAAAAUGUUGGAUACUUAAAUUUUUUUUGAAUUAUAAUUGCAUAUUUAUGUUUUUAAAUUUAGGUAAAGGAAUAACAUUUUAUGUUUAAAAUAUUCAAAUAAGUUUUUUUUAUUUUAUCUAUGUUGUUUUUUGCCCUAAUGCUGUUUCCCUCGGACCAAUUUUGAUUCCCAACUUGUCCCUUUAUUCACUCUGGCUUUGUUUUUAAUAAUAAAUUUUGCAAUUUUUACAAAAGUCCUAAAUAAAACAUCCAAUAAUAAAUACAAACAAUUUUUAAAUUAAUUUUGUUAGUAUUAAUAAACCAUUAAUAUUUCAAAUAUAUAUUUAAUAUACUGUACACUUAUAUUUUUAUAUUUAUUUUGUAUAAUUUAAAUAUUUUGGGAUGACCUUGAGAUAUUUAAUUGCAUUUUACAAUAAAAAUGUUAUAUUUUUACCUAACACUAUAAUAUAUUCCAAAACGGAUUAAUAAAGUUAAUUUAUAUUUUCUAUUAACUACCUACUCACUUUAUAAAUUGUACAUUUUACGCAUUAAUAUUUUUGCUAAAAUUUGAUUAAUAGUGUAGAUAAUUUUAAAUUCUUUUUUGUGUAACUGGAUAAAAUACUAUUAUAUCAUAAUGCAUUAUUUAAUCUAUUUGUAUGAAAUAAUGUUUAUAGUUUUUAUACAUAUAUAGUAAUCAUCAUAGUGUUAAUCAUUUAAAGGUACUUUUAUUGGAAAAAUAAUAAUUAUAUCAAUAUUCGUUUUGGAAUUUACAAGUUGUGGUAUAUAACUAGUUUUUUUUCUCAAAUGUUGUGGUAUAAAAUUUAAAAAUAUAAAAUUAAAAAAAAAGUUUAUUACAUUCCAAUUAUCGAUUAAUACUCUGAAGUUAUUUUUCAUAGUUUAUUGUAUUUUGUUUAAUAACCCGUGUUGACAAUUGUUUGAUUACUUAUUUUUAGUAAAUAACUUAUAUCUGGGUCUUGGAUUUUGUGGCACAUAAAAAUAUUAAAAUAGUAUUAUAAUGUUAACCUAAAUAUUAUUAUAUAAUAAUUAACAAUAUCGUAAAAUUAUGAAAAUAUUUAAACGUAAUAACAUUAGUCUUAAUUGCAAUAAAUAGAAAAAUUAAUAUUCACGUGGCAUAGCAACUAUUAUAUUUAACCAAUAUAACUUGUGACUAUACAGGUUUGUCGCUAGACAUUUUUCGUUCUGAACUAAAAAUGUUAUGCUUCUCAGACACUGCAGUUAUUGAUUUAAUUUUACUGUUCGUAUUUAUGUCCAAUUUUACAGCUCUGCUGAAGUAUAACUUGCUUGUAUCUUAGCGACUGAUCUAAUAAUUUAUUGAAUUUAUUACUUUAUGAUUUACUUCACAUUGUUAAAAUGCCGAUUAGCAAAAGCAACUAUGGCCAUUAUAUCUUAACAAAUAAUUACCUAAUACAAAAAUUACAUUAAAUUUAAAAUAAACCAUGCAAGUAUAUAUACAUCAAUAAAUAAAUAAAAUAUUUAACAAUUUUUUUUUUUUUAACAACUAAAACAAAUAGUUUGUUUAAUAUUAUAUAAUAGUAUUAAAAAAAAAAUUUGAGAUAUCCUAGACCUAUUUUUCAAAUAUUUUUAAUGCAACCAUGUACUAAUAGUUAUUUUUACUAUUAAUUUUAUAUUGUUUUUAUUAUGUAUUUAUAAUAUUAUCAGUUAUAACAUAUUAAGCUUAUACAGCUAUAUUACUACUCACUAUCACGUUAAUAUAAGUGUUUAAGUAUAAUGGUUAUCGUGUUAUAUAAUAAGUAUAUUCAUGUAUUAAUAUAAUGGUAAAAUUGAAUAAAUGUUGUUAUGUAUGGAGGUGCAAUAUAAGAGGUCUUAAUAAUUGUAAAUAAUAACUAUUCAGUUGUAUAACAUACGAGUGCUGUUAUUACACUAUAGAAGAUUUCAAUUGAUUGAAAUUAAUUGUUUGAAGGUUAAAUUAUAAAUUAUUAAGUCUUGAAAAGUAUAAAUUUUUCAAAAUAAAAAUAUUGCCGCGGUUAAACGAUAGAAUAAAAUAAUAAAUAUUAUCUCGGUUAAGUUAAAAUAUUAAUGUUGUGAUACAUCUAUAAAUCUACAAUGUAUGAGAUAACCUUACCUAUCCUAGUCAUUAGAUCUACAUGUUUUUACUUCAAAAUUAAAUCGUAUUUACAUUAUAAACUAUGUUACUACUUACCCACUAUAUAUUGUAUUAUGUAGAAUUUAGAUUACGAAUGUUUGGAUAAACAUGUAUUUUAUAAAAUUGAAACAUUUAAAUAACGUGUACAUUGUCUUUAUAAUAUUAUGUUAUGAUCAUAAAAAAAUACAUAAUUGAUUGUCAAAAUUUCAAAUAUUAAUACAGUGUAAUAUUUAUCAUUGGCUAUUGCACAACAAAUUAUCACUAAUAAAAUCAAUUAGUUAAUUUAAAAACAAAAUACUUUUUUUUUAUCCAUAAAAUAUUAAACGUUUCAGGAUCGUAUGUGAAGCUAUUGUACUUCACGCAUUGUCACUAGUGUACGCAGGGGCUGAAUCCCUCUUAUUGACCGUUUACAUAUAUAUAUAUAUAUAAAUAAUAUAUAUUUGUAGCUUUGUGGAGGGCCAAUGUAAUUUUUUUUUUUUUUAAAUAAAAAAAGAAAUUGUACAAUUAUUUAUUUUCUGAAUUAAAUUUGUUUAAGUUUUUGUAAAAAUUAAAAAUUACCUUAACAUUUAAUAAAAUACACAGAGCCUUGUGGGGAAAUAAAAUUUCAAAGACCAUUUUCCAACAAUCGCAAAAUGUGGCAUUGGUUCUUCUUGUACCAAGCCACAGAUUUAUGUAUUAUUGCACACAUAUUUUUAUAUUUUUCAAGUUUCAACCGUAAUAAUAAUUAGUAAAUAAGGACUUUUUUUCAUAAAAUACUCUUAUUUUUGUAGUUAAAUAAUUUUACCACUAUCUAUUAAUUAAUUAACUAUAUUAUCACAGAAUAAGAUAUUAUUAGGUUUAUAAGAUUAUUAUUUUUGUUUGAACCGAGGUGACACUCGUUAUAAACAAUGGUUUUGUUAUUAUUACGGCUUUGAUGGUUGGAGUUGUUGUGCAAACGCGAUCUGCCACACGCCCACGCGACCUUAGAUAAUAUCUAGGCUUGCAAUAUUUAACUUACUGAACUGAUGUUACCAUCGUUAAGUUAGCCCAUGGAUCUUGUAGAUAAUAGUGUAACUUUUAAUUAGUGAAAAACAAUUAUGUAGACAAUUUUGUUUUCGCUUAUUUCUCUUCCGUGCCGAUGUAAUUAAUAUUUUGUAUACUGAGAUUUUUCGUAUAAAUUAUGGCAGAAAAAUGAUGGAAUAUUUUUCGAUUUUUAGUUUGAAGAAAAAUAAAUGUCAAGUUAUGCAACCUACAAUUCAUACAAUUCUAAUCUUGGUUGGUCUCUGGCUUUUUUAAUACUCUUACUAGCCUUAAAAUUGUAUUUUACUGACCGACAUUUUUAUGGUUACCUAAAUAUUAAAGUUUUUUUUUUUUUUUCAUUUUUGUGUUUAUUAUUAUAUUAGUCAGAACUAUGAAUACAAUUACUUUAUUAUCCAAACUUGUGACAAAACAGCUGAUUAAUUAUCAUUUUUCGAGCCUUCCUCCCAUUGGAAUAUUCUGCGUGUACGCCACUGCGCAUUGAUACUAGUAAUAUUAGUUUUACAAUAUUUUCUACAUUGAUUUUUUACACAGCAAAAAUGUAGAUAGAUAAUUUACACGUGGAACACUAGAAUUAUCAUUUUAUCUCGUUAAUAUAUUGUUUAAAAAUUAAUUUGGACACCGGUGGUACGAUUCGUCAGCAAAUGUUUGAAUUGAAAUCCUGAUUGAAUUCACGAUCACGCCGAUGUGCGCAUGUCGUACGCAUUGUUAUACUGGUUAUGCGCAAUUUGUUUUUUUUUUUUUUUUAAUCAUUACAAUGCAACAUCCCAUACACAUUAUAGAGCUAUUACAACUUUGCAGACCGUCUGUAUGUACCUAUAAUUACAGGGUUGUUGACAGAGCGAAUGAUUUACAGUUUGACGAUUGUGACCCGGGGAUCGGAGAUCCGCAUACGGUUUCCACUAUAGUCUGAUAUUAUAGGUGUACCGGGUUAAAACUUCAUAUUGAAUCAUUAUCGGCAUAAUACGUGCAGCGCGAUCACGCCGGUUCGCCGGUUAGGAAAUCUUUUUUUUCUAUAGAAUCGUCGUCUUUUCUCCAACUAUAAUGCCAUAAACCCGCGGACCUUCGAUGCGGCUGCCAUAGUUUCUCGUUGUUGUCCGCGCAUUUUCUUUUAUCAAAAUCUGAUUUGGAUAUUCGCCGAGCGGUUAUCGCGCGAUAAAAUGUGUGUUUUUUAAUGCCUAAUCCAUUGGUACAAUCAAAACUUACCUAUCGUACUUACUUUUGAAGUUAUUUUCGAUUAAAACAGUCCGAGCGAGUGUAGCGAUCGCGUGACCCCGCCAGGUCUUUAGGUGCACUCAAAAUGGUUUUUCAUUUUUCCCUAUUACCUACCCAAGCCAGAUAGACUUUUUUUGAAUUAAAUAAAGAAACUUUGUUAUCAAAAUAUCAAUAAUUACAAAUAAUAAUAAAAAAAAUGUCUAUUUUUGACCACAUUUUGGAUUCAUUCCAAAAACGCUAUUUUUCAAGGUUUAUGUAUCUUAACUUCAAAAGUAAGUAUGAUAGAUAAGUUUUGAUUAUACCAAUGGAUUAAGCAUUAAGCAACACAUUUUUGAAGAAAAAAAAAUUGAAAAUGUUAAAUUUUCCCUAAGAAAUACACGAAACGGUAAACCCGAACUUCAUGAAGUUUUCCUCCAUAACUUCCAAGUGAAGUUUGUCCGUCUUUUUUUUUUAGAUUCUUAAUGUACAGACAAUAACACGUUUUGAAAAAAAUAAAUUUGAAAAACUAGCUUGGGUCUUGAACUAGAUUCGUUCCCGUUUUAACAAUCUAAGGAUAAUUGCUAAACAUAUUUUUUAUGAAUUGAAAAAUAUUUUUAUGUUUUUUUUUUUUAUAGUUGUAACGUUUAACGUUAGUUACUGAGAACUAUAGAAUUGUGUAAAUGAAAAUAUAGGCUGCUUUAGCGUAAAAAACGUAUAAUCUUGAAUGAAAUGACAAAACAUCACUGACUGUUGGUGCAUUUAUAUGCAUAGGUACUUACUGCAGAUUUGUACUACGUCCAUACUUUUUAUUAACAAUAAUAAUCAUUAUAACCGCAGCAGUAACCCGUAUCGAUACUAUUGCCGAAUACCGAGUACACAAGUGAAAAAUAAUAUUGCUGAAACAUACAAUAAAAACGAAUAAUAUUUAGAUAACUGAUGUAGAGCGACACGGUUUUUACCAAAAGUCCUUUAACUGGACGCCAUUUUAUCCAUUUUACAAUUGCGCAAUAAAAUACAAUAUCACAUUACGCGCGAAACACUUCAGCUCGGCAAAAACUGUAAAGCCAGCGUCAGGGAUCUUUGGAAUUUCGUCGGAUAAAUUCGACAAUCCGAUAGGUUUACGGUGUCUACAUGAAAACCAACGGACGCGUUCCACGUUCGACGGCGGACCCGGAUUGGCUACUGAGAAAAUCUCGGUUCGCGGUUUGAAAUUUUGACCGCGGUCGUAUGAGUAUGGGUUAGUACGGCGCACGUGCGUGUUUAUGAAUCUGUUUGAUCUAUGUAUUCACUAAAACCUAAAAGCUUUUUUUUAUAAUCCCUCCCUCAAAUUAAUUUCCAUAUACGCCACUGGUGGGCGUAUGCAAGUUAAAUACUGCAGUAGAUGAGAAUACAGGAAACUCGAUGUAGAAACGAAAGAUGGAUGCAGUUGCCUAUUCAGCCCCUUUCUCGUUGUCGCUUAUAGGCUAAUGUGAAAUAUUUACUAUGAUCUCUCACGAAUUUCAAAUGUUUUUUUUAUUUUUUUAUUGAUUAGGUAGGCGUUUUUCCGACCGAUAUUUGUUGAUAGAAAUAGAAUGUUUGGUUUCAAAUAUUUUUGUGUAUUUUGUUUACCUAGUCGAUGAUAUUGGUUCAUUGAAUUUGGUUGAUGUUGCAAACGCAGAUGUAUCAUAUACAUUAUAACACGAAUUUAUAAAAUAACUAUUAACUGUCCAUUUCUAUAAUCUAUGUAAAUUCAAGACAUCGAUGCCGAAUAUGGGCAGUUACCACAAUGAGAAUAUAAAUAUAUACAUUUUGUCGUGAUUAUUUCCCUAUAGAUUAUUUAUGGUUUAAGUUGGAUGAUGAAGUUUGAUGAUGGAAUUUUUUACUAAUAAAAUUAUUAUUAAGCAUUAAAAAAAUUGUAAUAAAAAGAAAAUAGUAUCAAUAUUCCUGUCUACAAUAACGACGAAACAUAUAGUUUACAGUUGUCAUAACAUUGUGGCGUCAGAGUUGUUGCACCGGAAUUGACUGUUGCAGACUCGGUAGUGUUACAAGCACUUAGUUAUUUGUGAAUUGUGGUGUCCCGCAAAGGCCUGUAUUCUGGGACCUUAACCUUUACAUUUUAUUAUUUAUUCUGACAGUUUGAUAAAUUUACGUAGGUACUAAAAUCAUUAGUUUUGUUAAUGAUACAGUUAUUUUGAUUACCUAGUACCUAUAGUAAUACAACCAUUGAAUACUGAUAUAUACAAUUUAGAUUAACAUACACAAAAAAACUGUCCUAUAGGAUAAUGAGGACGGGUGCAGCCAAUGUUAUAGGUGAUUUAAUGUAUAUAACGAUUAAUCAUUGCUAACGAAAAAACGAUUCUGGGCGGAGUUCAAUUGAUAGUGUUGCUUUGUCAACAAUAUAUGUGUCAUAUUUUGUUGAAAUAUUUACGUAGACAUUAUAUUACAUUUUCUUUAAUAAUAUUUGUUCAGUAUUGUACCGUUUUUCCCGGUUUUUCACAUUUGCUUGGAAAAUCGAAAAAUUACCUGCUUAAUGUAUCUUCCCAGUCGGAUUUCCUUUCAGAAAAAGUGCUAUAAUUGUUAAUCGGAGCAAAAUUGUUGGUAGAAAAGUUGUUAACAGGCAAAAAGGCUAUAAUAUUUUUUAACUAAUACCUACAUUUUGUACAUUUUCCCGGUUUUCUUCAGGUUUUUUUUAUUGGUUUUUCACAUUUGGUAAAAAAAACUUGAGAAAAUCGAAAAAUGACCUGCUUAAAGUACCUCUCCACAUCGGUUUUCUUUCAGAAAAUGUGCUAUGUUUAAAAAUCGGAGCAAGAUUUCUGGUAGAUGAGUUGUCCACAGACGAAAAAAAAAACCUUUGUAAAACCAUAAGUACGAGCUGUCGUGAGCUUCUUCACUUCACUCGGAAUCAAAAAACUUGAAAAUAAAGCUAAGAACCUAGGUAAAGUCGUUAAAAAACAGCUCCCCGCCCACCGUGCGCAGCGUAGACCGACGUAAGUAAUAGUUAAAUUCGCCGCUAUUCGGAAAAAAAAUCGAACUUACUUGUUAUCUCCGUAGACGUAAUCGCCGUUGGUCUGUACAUUAUGAUCAAAUAAUCACUCUGUAUGAUACGAUAUAGAGAGAACGGGACGCCCGGUGAGGCGGCAAGAGAAGAAGAUGGGACAGCCGCCGCGUAUACAAGGUAAUUUGUUUGACAUUUAUCACGAUCCCGCGAUUUUCUCGGGAGGAUUUUAAGAAAAUUUGACUCCUGUAAUUAUUAUUUUUUCAAUCGUUAGCUACCGUCACCUAACCUAUGAAAUUGCUUUAUUUUAAGGGUGUUUUGAACCUUUGACCACAUCUAGAAACUAAUUUUGGGCUAAUAUUAAUAUUCGGUGAAAAAGUCGGGCCUAGAUGAUCAUCUAGGCCGUUAUACAGAAAAAAUACCUCGAUGUACCCACCGGAUAUUGCUUUCGGGAAAGACGGUAGACUGUGAAGAUCGAAUUUUAAAAAUCAAUACAUUCGUAAAUUCGUCGCUGUGCUCGGAAUCGAACAAAUUAUAAACACGUUGUGUAACGUACGAAAAAAAUGUGCCAUUGUAUCGUUUCUCGGGAAUCACCGCCAGUGUUGAAUCAAGGUAUGUGACAGGGUGGGCAAUAGCCCCUCCUUUGGAAUUUUGUUUGCCUCCUAUGCUAAAUGUGGGUAAAUUAAUAGGUAAUUAAAUAAUACUGGUCUUGGUAAGAGCGGUAGAUAAAAAAAAAAAAAAAAAACAAAGGUUAUUACUAUAAUUUUAAGUAAUGCCCUUCCUCCUCAGAAUCACGGUCUGGGUUCAACACUGAACACCGCGCGUCCGAAAAUCAAUAGCCCGCGCGUUGUCCCGACUGCAGUCCCGGCGACAAACAUUACACGGUGUAAACACGGUAAACGAUUCCACAAACGACUUCCGAUUUCCGUAAUCUAGAAGAAAAAAAAAACCCGGACACACGUACUUCGCAUCACGGGCGGGCCACUGUGGAAGUCACGCAAAGAGUAACCAUUGCUAACGAAAAACGAUUCCGGCCCCCGCGGAGUUCGGCCGCACGCACGUUUAGAAUAGGCCGUAAUAUUCACGAUUUCGAAAACGACACAUUUCGUAAACGUCCCCGUUUUUCCGGGGAAACCCCCCGGGAGCGGGCAGACCGGAAAAAUAAAAACGACCCCCUUCUCCACGAAGCACCGCCCCGGUAAACGCGGCGCGCGCGAAACGCCGGAACGGCGUACAGCCGACGGGUCCCGGGCACCACGAACGGUGCGCGGCGCGCGGUGUAACGUUCCGGACCGGUCGUCGUCGCGAUAACAAUAUCGCACACAAACGUAACACCCUGUAUUUUUAUUAAAUUUUUUUUUUUCCUUCCCAUUUUAUCUACGCGCCGCGCCCGCCGCUCCCGCCGACGCGCGCGCGCGCUAUCGUGUAAUUCGUGUUUAUUGCCAUAAUAAUAUUACAAUAUUACAUUUGUCGGUCCGUUUCACAAUAAUAAUAAUAAUAAUAAUAAUAAUAUCAAUGUCCGUUCCUACUCUCGGUCUUGACGUCGUCACCGCCGCCGUUGCCGCCGCCGCCGCCGCCGUCGUCGCCGUGUCCUUUGCCGCCGAUCCGCGCGGGUCAGUUCGAUAGCAGCAUUUACCGCGCGCGAUCAUAACCGGUACACCGUGUCUCGGUCUCUACACCCCGGCGGACGGCGCAAAUUCUCCGUGUUUUUUCGCGUUCUGUGUUCCUAUUGUCUGUCCGCACGCGGGAUUUCCGUUCGGCGCCCUGACAAUAACGAUUAUUAACGAAUAGCACCGCGGUAAUAAUAAACGCAGGUAAGGCGCGCGUAAUUUUUUUUCGUCGUCGUCGUCGUCGCCGCCGCCGCCGCAGCCGCCGCACGUUCCGGCGGCCCUCGCGGUUUUCCGUGGGCGUUACGUAACCGCGCGCAAUCGGUCCGGCCCCCGAGAACCGUCGACCCGUGUCGCGCGUCCCCGCGCACCCGCCGCAGAUUUCGCCCGCGUCGCCGUCCGGUCCGCGCGCGUUUCCGCCGUCUGGUCCGCGGACCGACCCGGGGUAUAGACCGGACCGGGCCGCACCGCCGCCGGAGCCACGCCGCGGCCGCAGCCCGGGGGCCGACGCGCACGUAUCCGGUCACAACGCCGCCGCCGUCGGAUGAUGUUUAUGGUGAGCACGGUGUAUAAUCGCACAAUACUAUUUACCGUACCCCGCGGCUUCGUACGCGCGUUUUGUACAACGAGAGGCGCCUACCGCGCGCACAACAAUAUUACGCGACGUUCGUAACGGGCGCGCGAUGUUACUAAACGUCGCCACCCGCCACACCGCAAUGUAUUGUACUGCCGUUCCGAGUUUCGUCCCGCGUAAUGUUGUUUCCGACGAUGCGAUCGUGCCGCGGUCCUCGGGCCGAACCGUCGACCGGCGGAUUUUCCGAGACGACGGGUUUUCGCGCGGGCACCGGUACACGACCGGCACCGCGACGCGGUCGUUAGCAAUCGCGCGCGGACCGGACAGAGACUUCGGCGGUUGGCGGGUCGGGGUUCGUGGACGAUGACGCGGGGCCCGGCUUGAAGGCGGCGCGGGCCGUGCACGCGCGCAGAGCGUCCGCGUCUAGCGAUUCGCGAGUGAUUAUCUCGGAAAUCGGCACGGACGUGAACCGCGGGACGAGUGUCGUGGUGUGCCGUAAAGAUUCGUCUGGCGCGUUUGCCGUCGGACGACAGCGAAGAGUCCGGGGAAAAAAAAAAGAAAAAAGGACGCAACGCGGCGCGGCCGGGGCCUCGACAUUUCUCCCGGGGUUCCGCGACGACAUUAUUUUUCACGACGAAAAUAAUGUCGGGCGGUCGCAAUCGUCGGUGUUGCGCAAUCGGAAACGUGCGGCCGCCGCCGCCGCCGCGUUCGGUCAGCAGUUUCCGUCGACGGCGCGGCGCCGCCCGACAGCGUCGCGACACCCGGCAACAAUAACAAUGACAAUGACAAUGUUGUUGUUGUUAUCAUUUCGUGUAACGCGGACGCGUGUGCCGCGGUCGGGGACGGACGGCGACGCGGGCACCGGUGUGUGUCGACCGCCAUCGCGCGCGCGCGUUUGUCGUAUUUCCAUCGUUCGUUUAAACGCGGCGUUGCAUAAACACGUUAUUGGAACGUUAACGCCGAACGACAACAAUCGUAAUAGCGCACGCAUUUGCCGGACGCGGACGCCGCCGUAUAGGCACCGGGGGGGGGAGGGGGGGGGGCGUUUCUCUGCCUCGUUCGUUCGUUCUUUUACCGCGCGGCACAGUAACGUCCUCCGUAGAAUAUUUCGCGAUCGACGACCAACGUCCGAGCCCGGGUCGAGACGAUUCUGGGCCCGGGUCCAAACGGUUUCGGGGGCCCGUAAACGUGUCCGAAACACCGGCGACCGUACCGAACCGCGCGGCCGUGGCCGGGGGCUCACGGUUACGCGACGUCCAGGUGCCCCGGGGCCGCGGCCCCCCCUACCCACCGUCCCCUUCCUACCCAUCACCCAUCCUAAAUCCGGGCCGGACGACAUUGUAACGGCUCGUCACAGUAUUAUUAAUGCGCGUACCGUUCGAAAACCGCAUCGCGAGCACGACGUUUUCACGGCGAUAACGUCUGGUCGAUUAUCAUGUCGUCAACGUAUUAUUAUUAUUAUUAUUAUUAUACGGGCAUACCCAUCGUCGUCAUCGACAACAACAAUAAUAACGACGCCGACAUUCCUCGGCUACCGUUGCCGUGUGGCCGACGAUUUCGCCGGACUGGUGCUGCCGGGCCCGGGGAUUAGGGGCUGCGGGAGCCCGGGGGCCCAUAUUAAUAAGGAGACUUAUUCUUUUAAAACGGAAUAAACGGGCUAAACGACAACAUUCGAGUUAACGAAUGUUCGAUUCAACUCGUAGUACGGUCUUUGCGGGCCCCGGGGACGCGGCCCCCCUCUCCCUCCCCACGGAUUGAAACUAAAGAGAGAGAGAGAGAGCGGGAGAGAGAUGCAGUUAUACAUCUACCCCGGUAUAAUAUUUUAUUCGCGGGUCCGGUUAGGUUAGGUUAGGGCACGGUAGGAUUGUACGGUGGCGACGGAUUCGCAGUAUCUUUUCCCUAGACCAUCACGAUCAGUCUCCAUUUGACACGGACACGCGGUCUUCUUGCAGCGCGUCAAAUCGAAAUCCGAUCGAAUAUUAAACAAACGAAGUCUGUUUUUGUGUGAACGUCUAUUAUUUUAUUCAAUAUUAAAUUGGCGGAUUCUCUGCAGUGUAUAAUUGUUUUUUGACCGAACGAUCGUGUUGGAUGUUUUAGCAAAUUUAACUCCAUCGCCUAUUUCCAAUAGCGGAUGCAUUUUUUUGCAGCCGUGUUUCGGACACGCCAAGAUGCGUUUUUAUUUCUUGAAAAACACAUUUUCGGUUAGCAAAAAUCUUCCGAAUUAUUUACACCGCAUGGUAGUACCCGUAACAGUUGCGGCGGGUUGUGUGGCCCGGUAGUGGUUUUGAUUUGACACAUUUUUCUUGAUUCCCCGGUAUGGGUUUUCUUAAAAACGUUAAAAAACAAAAUGACGGUACGUCGGUUUUAUUUAUUUUUAAUAAUUUCUGGAUUCUUUGGCAACUAGAGGAAAAACCCACGACUAAUAUUACAACCUUAUCGGUUUACCGUGCUCCGCUCAGAACGGCGUUUCGAUUUCAACGAUUUGUCGUUGUUUUCAGUAUAAUUAUGUUGCAUACAUCCCCAGUUUCUCGCUUACACCAUUAGCUUAUCUGUAGAAUACAGUACACAAUGUGUCCGGAUUUUUAAAUGUCAAAAACUCGUAAAAUCAUAUUUUUAUUUCAUAUCGAUUCUCCUACCAAUGCCCGAUCGAAUAGUAACACCCCGAACUGACUGCAAUAUAUUUAAAACACCCGAAGUAAUUUUUUAAAUUGAAAUCACGAAUAAUGCAGUAGAUAUGUACAUCGUCAUCGUUAAAUGGUUUUAAAUUGGAAUACUAUAUUAUUGAUACGCCUAGUUCGCGAAUGAUGCAUAGGAUUUCGGAAGACUGCGGUAAAUUAGUGAUCAUUACAUUAUUCAAUUUUAAUCGACGACGAUUGAUUUAAAUUGAAAUACAUAGUUGUUUAUAAACGGUGUUUUGGCGAGAAGAAAAAACAGAACCGGUUUUAAAAAUUCCAUAAUUUCGAUGCCAUUUCGCCCGUCAGGUUUCUGUUAAACGAUUAGAAUUUUCAAAAAUGUAUGAAAUAGGUAAUAAUGUAUUUUGUAAUGCAGUGUUUUUUUUUUUUUUUUUUUAUAAGAGUUGAAAUCAAAUUUUAACGAAAAUAGUAAAUAUUACAGCCUUUCAAAACAUGCGUACUUCGCUACGAAUCUUUUUUCAUUAGCAAUGGCCUAUCGUUGGUUACAGGCGUGAAUUAAAUAGCUUUAUUUAUCUCACCAAGUAUUUUAUCUUCCCAUCUAUAUACCUACAACAGUGGCCGCACGCGUCCCCAGUAUCAGCACUUUAUUUUAUUUGGUAGGUACCUGUUAUUUAUUUAAAUUAUAUCAUGACUUACGAUAAACGAUUGAAAACUUAAUGUUAACUUAAAACUUAACACAAUAAGAUACAUUAUAAGUUGUAACUACUAGUCUAUUAACAAUUUUUUUACUUUUUCGUCUAAUUGUAGUUUUUCUCAACUAUUAUCAAAAAAUUGUCAGAAAUGUUUACAUAUUUGAAUUUUUAUUUUCAAACAACGUUUAUGUACAAUUUAUUUAACAAUCAAACAUAUAAUCUAAAUGAAAACCAAAUACAAAAUAAAUACAUUAAUUUUAAUUAUUAUUUAAGAUUUGAUUUUGGUUAACUAAUCUAACCUAUAAUAAUAGGUCAACUUUUAGAGUAAAUAUAUGAUACAAUAAAUUUAAUAUUGAAGAAAAUUAAAAAAAUUAUAUCGUGUUUUAUACGGGUUGUAUUCUGAAAUACCCACUUACAACAGCGGCCUACCCAUGGUGCGAAAUAGGUUUUAUAAAUGUAAUAUGAUUCGAUUUACAUCAAUUUUCAGCUCUCUAUUUCAUCGAGGAGUACCUUAUUUUUUUUAAAUUUCCUCAAUGCCUAUUAAUUACUAUAGCUGCUGGUAAAUAGAUUAUAAUUAUUGUGUCAUAACUUGAUUAUUGACAUCUGUCGUGCAUGUUUUAGCUCUCUGUAUCAUUAAAGUCAAGGUUAUCAAUUUUAAAUGUAUUAUUGUCAGGAUAAUCUUACCGGUGGGGGGGGGGGGGGGUAAGAUCGUUGAAGUAUUAUCUUGUCCCCGUGACAAUCUAACAGGAGAGGUAAGAUUAUAAUAUAUAGCAUAUUUUCUGAAAGGAAAUUUUAUAUAGUUUGUGAGUGAGAAAGUCGUUGUUUCGGUUUUCCGUAAAGUUUUCCUAAACUGAAAAACAUAGAAAAUACGACUAAGCGUACGGCAUUUGGGCGAUACCGUGGCUAGAGUUAAACGGGCAUCGGUGCGCAUUUAAUUUGUGGUUCCAUUAUUUUCCAUUAAUAUCCAUUUUUAUUAUUUUCCAUCAUCAAUCUAAACACAUUAUAAAAAAAACCAAUACUUAUGAGUAUAUCAGACAUCAGCGUAUCACCUUGACAUUUUCUAUUGGCUUUAUAGUAUAUAGAUUAUAUAUUAUGUGUAUAUAAAUAUAAAUGCAUAAAAGUUCAUAAUAGGUAAGGUAAUUAUAAUAUAAUAACCGGGUUGGCGGGUUACGGGCCCCCCACUUACGACGGCAUUAUCACUGAUGUUAUAUACCAUCGAUCAUUUAUCGAUAACAUUUUAUUAGUUCAAAUGAUUGUCUUAAUUAAAUAUUAACGUUCUACCGUAAAGGAAGGGGGUUGGGAGUCAACCCCCCCCCCCCCUGAAAUGUAUUCCUUCACUAAUUUUGUUUAAAUCAAAUUUUACAUUCAACUGCAUAAUACCAUAUACCGCAGAAUAAAAUACAAUUUAAUUUCAUCAAUAAUAUGACAUAAUGUGAAAAUUUAACAUUCCUGCAAAUUUCGUCUAGCUGGUCUUUUUCUUGUAUCAAUUGCAAUGCUUCCGUCAGUAUACUUUUGUACUGUUCUUCCAUCGAAUGAUUUUUUUUAAACCUUCAGCAUUCAUCCUUUUGGGCAGUGCUGUUAUUUUUUGCCGUUCAACUGCCAGUCUAAUUUCAAUUUUAAUUUUUACAAGGAAAUGGUCCGAUGUCGCACUACUUCCUCUCAUACUACAAACGUGUAUCUCCGAUCCAUCUCUUUAUUUUUUUUUCUACAAUGACGUGGUCUAUUUGAUUCUUUGUCUGACCAGAUGUUGACACUUAAGUUCGUGAUUGUUUUUGUGUGAAAAUGUCACUAAUUAUCAUGUUCUUUUUAAUAACCUAGUCCUAUGCCCAGUCCUAUAUAUUAUACGAUGAUCGCAUAUUCCAAGUUUCAGUUUGAAAAUUCUUAAGCUCCACUUUUAACCGAUGCAUAUUUGGUCGAUUCCUAUCCAGUUUUUUUACACGUAGGGUAUAUUAGACUUCCGGUAAAAUUCCGGAGAGAGGACAACUUCCUGACUUCGAUUUUCAACUAUGUAACCAAAAACCAUAAAAAAAAAAAAAAAAAAAUAAUAAUAAUAAUAAUACUAAUAAAGUAAGAGAAACAAUUGGUCAUACUAUUCAAACAAUAGUUUUGAAAAAAAAAACCGUUCAAAAGUCCAAUGAAUCCUGUAGGAAGUUUAAAAAAAAAAUCAAAUCGAAACCAGAUCAGUCUAUGAGGUUUUUCUGCCCCGUUAAUCAUUUAAAACAUGUUUUUGGGCAGUGAUCUGGUCACACGUGGUCCCCUUAAGUGCCUAUUUAUGUAAACUCGCCGAUCUAAAUUGUAUUAUUUUGUAAAUUUCUGCUUAGAAGUCAUAUCUUUUAGGCUAAUUUAUAUAUGUAUAAUAUACGCACUCGGCGUUUCCCGUACCAUUUUUUCAUUCGUUUUACAUUUAUUUCCGUUUUGCUUUGCUCGUAUCAGUAUAUCGAAGGAAAAAAAAUAAGUGGAAUGUGUGUCAGUAGAAUAACUAAUGUUUUCCAUCCGUGUUACCAUAGACACCCGCACAGCACAGGGAUUAAACAUAUAUCCACUAUAAUAACGCUAAAAUGAUAAGGACACAAUAUAAUAGUACUGUAGUAGCGUAGUGUUGUUACUGUACCAAAAUACGCAGAUUCAAAGAUGACGUUUUACGUGUUUUCACUUACCCACUCAGUACAACGCAUAGUUUUUCGUUUUUUUUUUCGUCCAUGUUAUCAAAUUGGUUUAUCCUAUUUUUAGCCAAUAAUAUACCGGCAAACAAACAUAUAGAUUCUCUAUUUUAAGUCGUUAUAGUUGUUAUGGAAUUUUUAUUUCUGUUUAUUAUUUAUAUUUUGUUUUAAAUUGUUUUUUAUUUUGUCCGUGUAACUAAAGUAACCUAUAAUUCAACAAAAAUAAUUUAAUUUUCAUACCAAAAAUACCUGAGAACCUUUCAUCCUACAUUUCAUUCCCUUCUUGGUCUAAUCACCUAGAUUAAUAUCGAGAUGAAGACUAUCCUAUCUUGUGAAUUACACACACACAUAUUAUCUUAUAAAAAUCGGUUGAGUAGUUUCAGAAUGCAUUACCUCUAGCGCGAUUAGUAGUUAGCGCGAUUUUUAUAUAUAAACUUUAUUAUUGGAUUAAUUAUGCAUUUUAAUUAAUAAUAUUUCCAUUUAAUUUCUUUAUUGUUUUUUGAUUCUUGUCAUCUCUUAAUCCCCUUUCUCUCCAUUAUUGAAUUGUGUAAAAUUCAAUAUUUUGAACACAAUUCACAAUUAUAAUAUAGUAACGUAAAAUUAUUGUAGUGUAGUUGAUAUGGGUAUGCGUAAUAUGGAUAACAUGAAUGACCGUCAUUGAAAAAAUCUCAUUUUUAAGUAUUCAAAACAAGGGCUAGGUAUAUAUUCGAAAAUAUUAUGUGCAAGCAAGCCAAUCUGCAAUUUACCAGAUCAGAUUUUUCCUUCUCCCACCAUCAUAAUUUAUUAUUAUGUACAUUGUUUAUUUGUUUUGCUCUAUGAUGUAAUGAUUAUACCAGAUAGUAAAUAAAAAAUAUAUAUAUUAUAAAGAUAAGAGAAGUAUAUAAUAAUGAUAACAUACGUGAUUAAUUAAACGGAAAACCUUACAAGGAAAUAAACAUAUUACGGGCACGAUUUCGUCCGAGAGAACAAAAUAAACGUUUGUAUUCGUUUCUAUCCCGUCGAAUAACACAAUAACAACGGUAUUGUUAAUUUUUUAGUUUUCUUAUCUAUAUUUAAAACUUUUUAGAUUUAAGGUAACGUACCUGUAAUAUACAUUACCUGUAAGAUAUCGUACAACCGUUUAGAUACAUGUUAAAUUAUCAUGUGUUCUAUGAGAUGCCUACUGAAAUUGAAUUUAUACAUUUUGAUUAUUUUGGGGGAUGGAGGGGGAAUACUCCAUUUGAAUGUAUUAAUUCGUCUGCACCUUACGAAAACCCCUCGAGAACGCCAUCGAGUGACGGUAAUACUAUAGUAAUGAUAGCGUAAUGAGUUGUAAUGGGUACGCGUAGUGAAAGCGAAAACAGAUAGAUAUAAUUAAUUUCCGUAAUAAUAUGUAAACAAUAAAUAAUAGUUAUGCAUGUACCUAUUCAUUUUGGUCGAUAUCACGAAUUAAGAUAUUAUAUAGGAUACGCGACGAUCACUUGUCAGCUGCUAUACGAAACUUCUUAGUUUUUGAAUUAGCAGGAAGCGCUCGAAUGCAUCUGUGGCGAGUUUUGUACUAUAUUCUGAUUCGCGAAAAGUGAGCUCUACAAAAAGCUUUAGGUACCAGUAACAAUUACAAAUUAGGGCUAGAUAAUUUAUAUCACGAAUAAAGACAUAUUAAAUUGUGAUUUUCAUCAUAAUGAAUGCACGAAUUAAUAUAAUAUCUAGUCAAUUAUAAUUUACAUUAAAAACCUAUUGUCAUUUACCAGUAUAAUCUGCUUCUUUCACUGUUCAUGUUUCCUUUAAUAAAUAAUUAUACUUUAUAUAUCGGAAUUAUCAAAUCAAUUUAUUAAGUAAAAAUGUUGAAUUAUUUCACGAGUUUCAUCUGAAUUUCACCUGGCUCUCGUUACGUGUCCUAUAUAUCUUCACUCGUGGUCGAUUACCUAUAUUAGCAUUUUUGUCGAUUUUCCGAAAUUUAUUUCUUGCUUUUGGUAUGUUUUUGUGUACAAUAAUUUUACAUUCGGCGGGUCCGUCACCCGGACGGGCGUGGAUUCAGUCGCAGUGUUUAAAUAUUCGGGAAUUUCUCUGGCACAAAGUUCUUUUAUAACACCAUUAAAACCGUAUACUUAUAAAUACUUAUCAUCCGAUUUCAUCGUCUUAUAACGAUAUCACCAAAUGUGUCGCAUAAAAAAUGUGUUUAAAAUUUUACUACCUAUAAUAUACUAACCGAAGGUACAUAGGUGUAAAACGUGGCUGAUAUUAGAUAUACUUUUGUGGAGAAUAUCUCAACUAUACCCUAAUGUUUUAUUUGUAUAGAACUUGUACACGUUAUCCGUACCUAUAGUUGUAUUUUAUAGGUUAGUUCGCGUGCGAUAAACAGAACUUUAACGCGAGAAAAAUAACAUGUGAUAAUAAUGCACGCCUAGCUAUAUCACUGCGGCGGGUUCAAUGUAUAGACGAAAAAAAAUACGAUUUUUCAUAUUUUAUUUAUAUUCUAUAUUUCUAUAUGCAGUUAUGAGUCGUAAAUGUAAUACAGAGCGAUUAUUUAUCGUUGAACACUCGCUAUUUCGCUAAAUAUUGAUUUAAAAAAAAAUGUUUGUCAACCCGUUCACGAGAUAUUCCACACAAAUGAUGUUUCAAAAUUGUCUCUAUACCCAAACUUAAAAAUCAAAUAUCUUGUCAAUUGAUUGACAGAAAUGGAAAAUGUUAAUACCAACAUUUAUUUAAACUAUUACUCUAUUUAUAAUGUAUCGAACUUUUAAUAUAGAUUACCGUUUGAAAAUCAAAAGUUGGUAGUCGUCACUCCUAAAAAUAAGGGUAACGAAAAAUGAUGAAAAUGUAAAAUUUUAGAUCUGCUUUUUUCUUAAAUUGUCAAAACAUUUUUUUUUUUUUUUUAAAAAAAAAAGUAUACUUUGCGAAAUAAUGAGUGUUCAACGAUAAAAGAACCACCUGUAGAAUAAUGUGAAAUACGGAGUGGGUGCGACAGUUUCAAAUCGUUUUUGAAAACUUACUACCAAUAUUUAUACUAUUUAUAGGUACCUCAUCAUUUACCGAUACCAUCCGAAAUUAUAUGUAACCGAUAACGUUAUUUGUUUGCAAUUUAUUGCUAAUAUUUCAAUAAUUAUUUGAAUAGCGCAUGUGUAGAUCUCAUUAUUUUAAUUACAAUAAAUAUACUUAUCGAAAUAAUAUUAUCAAUGUACUUACCUAUAUUUAAUAAUUAUUAUCAUAAGCGUACGAUUUAUUUGUUAUCGUGUUUUAAUUAACAUAACGUUGUUUUUCAUCAAAUUCACGAGAGAAUUGCAACAAAUAAAAGAGCUGAUACUGGGGAUGGGAGCGGCCACUGUUGUAGGUGAGAAGUUGGAAAGGUAGGAUACAUAAGGUUAUUUCAUUUAUGUCUGUAAGCAACGAUAAAUCAUUGCUUGACGAAAGACGAUUCCGAGCGCAGUUCGGUAUUACAUAAUUUGAAGUGCCUUUAGUCCAAUAAAGGUAUUAUACAAAGUUUCAAGUCACUACGUGUAUUUAUAACCGAAUUACAGCAAAAGAAUUCCCAAAAUUUCAAUUUCUUAAAAGCUCAAAAGUGACUUAAAAUUUUCGACGACGAUACCGUAAGAAAGUAAAUCAAAAUGGCAACAAAAAAAGUAUCUUGUGAUUUUUUGAUUCAAUCAUUUUUUCUAGUAGAAAACGUCCGUGUUAUUAUAAAAUAAUGAAGUUGUGAAAUUGUACGUUUUCCUACAUUUUUUUUUCAAAUUAAGUGCUUUUAUUUUAAAAAUUUGGUCGAAAAUCGAAACUGACCUUUUUAAAGUACCAUCUAGACAACUUGAGCUUUCAGAAAAGUUAUUGCACGUAAAAAUCGGAGUAAGUUUACUUGGAAUUGACGUGUUCACGGUCUAGAACAAAGAAAAAUAAUAAACAUCUUAUUAAUACCAAUAGCUCCUUGGCUACGCUCGGAAUAUAAAAUAAGUAGGUUCACACUAUAAUAUUGUAUCGUAGGCAUUUAUAUUAUUUAAGCGUUUAGUUUUUUUUAUUUUUAACAACUCCGAAAAAAAUAAACACGUAUUGUCAGGACACCACGCAGGCAUCUACGAAUUGAACAUGCGACUUAUCGAGUGAAACUCGGAGGACCGUGAACAAUUUUUUUUAUUAUGCUUGGACCUAUAUGAAAUUAUUGAUUUCGAAUACACAAAACUAAAACGCCAAAAAAUACGGAAAACCGUUCAAUUAUGAAAUAACGAAAUCCGCAAUCAUCCCACCCAAGCAUGAGCUUCUAAAGGCUAGGCCUUGUCGUUAUAGCCAACCCCUUCUAAUCUCUUCAGGUCUGUGUUUAAAGUGAGAUUGAAGUCGUUUACCAUGUCCUCGAAAAAGCAGGUUUUCAAUUCACAACAAACCAGGUCAAUAAUUUUGGUUUGUAUCGAUCGAAUUGGUUAACUAGUUUGAUAUUUGUUGUUUUCUAAUUUUUUUUUUUUUGCAAUCCGGUGAAGUCUAUCUAUCUAUUUAUAUUUGUAAAUUUAACAAAAAAAACUUUUCAUUUUAAAUGUAAAUUAGUAAAUAGGCUUUAGGGUAAAAAUAACUCAACUGAGAGUUUGGUAGUUUCAAAUCUCGGGUUCUGUUAUUCUUUUUAACCCGACACUAUCUGUUUUUCCGAUCUAACUAUAAUGGGAAAUAGUGCAAAAUUAUAUUUCUCAACAAAUAAAUUGUGGCGUUUAGGUUAAAACUAGAGUUUAAGCAAAAAAAUAAGCAAAUUUGAAGAGGGAGAUAUUUUUAUGGGCAGUUUAAAUACAUUUUGUUGUUGAAAUGCAUUUAAACAAAUGCUCCAUCUACGAUAGUAUUUAUGGAAUAUUUAGUAUUGAAAAUCGAUAGUAGGUAUUCGUUUCACCUCCAAAAAUAAAAGUUUCAAAAAAUAAUUGACUUUUUAGAACUGCUUGUUUUUUAAAUAAUUUAAAAUUAUUGUCAAAAAAAAAAAAUCCAAAAUACAAUUAAUACUUACCGAGAUAUCACUAUGGGUAUAUCUGUAUACGUCGUGGGAUCCAUGUAUAUUAUAUUAUUUAUAAAUAUACAAAUAUCCCUACUUCCUCCAAAUUUGUACUCAAAUUUAUACUCCGACAAGUAUCUAUAUUAUUUGCGUUUUUUCCCGAAAACAAUAUUUUCUUUUUUUAAACAUUUUUACUGUUAAUGCAGACUGUAGUAACACGCAAAGAUCUGACGUCUGAAAUAAUUUUUGUCCCGUUCAAUAUUUCUUAAAGUUUUUUCUUCUUGUGACAAUAUUGUACCCCUUGCGCUAUUUUAUAUGUUUUUUUUUAAAAUUAAAAAUAAAUAAUUGUUAUUACAAAAUCCAAGAUCGUUGUUUCAUAAGUAAGUUUUGAAACAAAAUAUUUACAAAUUAUGAGUACCAAUCGAUAAUUGUCUACAAUUUUCGAAGGUUACGAUACUUUAAAUUGUGUUCAUUGCUUUUAUUAAAUAAUAUUUAUCGAUUUGCCAAUUGUCUAUGAAAACAAAUUUUGUUUUAAAGUUAAUGAAAAUCUUGGAUUUUGUAAAAAUAAUUUUUUAUUUACGGGUUAAAACAUAUUAUAAAACAGAAGAAUUAUUAUAUGGGUUUGGGGGUCUUGAAAUUAUUAAAAAAUAUUGAACAGAAUAAAAGUUAUUUUAGGUGUCAGAUCUCCUUGUUACACCUUGUAUACAUUCAUUACAUAUAUGCGCAUUUUACAGUAUAUACACUGCACAGUAAUUCAUAAAAUAACUAUGCCGUACUGCAGUUGUGAUAUCAUAUUAAUGUAUUACGAUUGUUAUAUUUUCCGAAAUUAUCUUUUUUCUAUUCAAUCACAUAUACACCGUACAGUACAUGGUUACUGAUAUAUAAUUGUAAAUUGCGAUACAAUUUUACUUAAGAUGACGCCACACAAUUAUGCAUUUGUUGUACCCGUCUUUUUCAAACGUUUAACAUUGGACAUUUUCGUUUAGUAGAGCCAAUUUUCGGUUGUUAGUUUUGAUAUGAGAGUAAACUGUGCUAUUAUUAUCAACCAUAAAGAUGAAUCUGCACGUUUGUAGAUAAUUUUUUGAUUUCGUUUUUUUUUUUGUUAUUGAAAUUUUUAGGCGAUAUAGAUACGAAUAUGUGUGAAAUAUCACAAUUUAAAAAUGCUCGUAUACUAUGCUUGUACGUCGGAAAAGCGUGUUUCUUCCGAAUCUAGUUCAAAUCUUCAUUCUAGUCAUUUCAAAUUGUAGUUUUGUCAUUUGGACCUUACACAGCGAAAAACUCUGUAUUCUAUAACGAUCGAGUGUGUUCAGCACACACAUUUUUAAAUUAUAAUAUUAUUAAAUCGCGUUCUGAAGACUGAGUGUUCAUCACGUGUUUAUACACCCGUUCUACUGUUCCGUAAUGUCGGUUUUUUGCACAAUUGUUUUUGCCGUAUCCAAAAUUGCUAAUCCAAAAUUGUGGAUUCGUAAGACUGCGGCAGAGCACAAUAAAGAGUAACAAACGUAUGACGCGUACCUAAACGUCCUCUUAAAUUCGAUUAGAUUGCACGAAAUACCGAAUGUUUCGUAGAAUGUCGAACGACGAUCAAAUAUAACAUUAUGUAGUUAUCGUACCUAUUAUAAUGAAAUGGGAUUUUUUUUUUUGCCAACCUAUUAUAUUACAAACAGUAAUGGAAAAAAAAAAAAAAAAGCAUUUUCUUCGGCAGAAUAAUCGAAUGACGUAUCGUUCCAAAUGCGAUAUUUUACAGUCGAUCGAAUAACUUAACGCUAUAAAGACUAAAUAACAAUGUUGCUAUCAAUAUGCACCGAUAAGAGCGGGGCAUCUCACUCGUGUUCGGAUUCCGUGAAUUAUUAUUAUUCGUAUUAUAAUAUUAUUGUUAUUAUUUGUAUUGUUAAAAUAUUCGUAUCGUCUAAUUACCAAUAACAGUGGUCAUUGUAUUAGUGUUUUUUUAAACGUGUUUAAAUAAACGUCGAAUCGUUGCAGUCGGCGUACCAUAAUACGAGUUACGAUCGUAUAAUCGUUGCGGCUCCCAGCGACGCGGACACAAAAGUUUACAUUUCAAAUGCGAACCGGUAAAAAAAAAAAAAAAAAAAAAAACGUCCUAGGAUAAUGGAGACGGGUGCAGCCACUGUUAAAGAUAAUCUAAUGUUUUCCUGUAAGCGACAAUAAAUCAUUGCUUACGAAAAAACGAUUCUCAGCGGAGUUCAGUUGAUAGUGAUAGAUGCUUUGUCAACAAUACUCGUAUGUAUAUGAUUUUAUAGUAAAUAGGCUUUAUAUAUUUUCUUUAAUAAUAUUUGUUUCAUAUUGUACCGAUUUUCCCAGUUUUCCUGCGUUUUUCUUGGUUUUCCCAUGGUUGAUCUCGGUUUUCACAUUUGCUGAGAAAAUUUUCGAUAAAAAAUCGAAAAUGACCUCUUUAUAAAGUACCUCACUAGUGAAAUAUUUUUUUAAGAAACAUUGCUAUCAUUAAAAGUUGAAGUAAAUGUGCUGAUAGAAAAGUUGUCCAUAGAAAAAAAAAAUCGUAAGAUUAUAUUUAUUAUAUUUCUUAUAUUUUAUCCUUUUUUUUUUUCGGUUUUUUGCAUUUGAUGAGAAAACUCUUGAGAAUAUCGAGAAAAUGACCUCUUUAAAAUACCUCCUUAUGCCGAUUUUCUUUCAGAAAAAGAACUACACGUAGAAAUCCGAGUAAGUCUUCUGAUGGAAGAGUUGCGCACAGAUAAAAAAAAUAAAAAAAAAAAAAAAUAAAUGGUUAAAAUGUCGUUAUUAUUAAUGUUAUUAUUUUUAACCGGACGGUCAAGUGUUAUUGACUGUCGACUUGAUGAAAAACAACACAUUUUUUGUUUUUUUUUUUUUUACUCAUAAACCGAUUUUCGAUUUUUAUUUUUACUUAUUACAAUAAACAACACUAACGUAAUCCGAUGUUGUCAUUCGGUUUUUUUUUUUUACGUUCAUUCAAACGGUUGACUUCAGUAAAAUAUUAAAACGAUAUUUGACCGACACGUGGUAUAAUAUUAUGAUGUCUACACGGUACUGUGCAAAUACGUAAUAUCCUCGUUACAGAAAAUUAUUAUAGGUGAUCAUUUGGUAAAUGGGUUUUUUUUUCGAUUACGCGCGUUGUAUAGAAUUCAUACGUACAGCACGAGAUCACUCGAUAAACCUGCGCGGGAUAAUCCGACUUUUGUCGAUCAUCAGCAUUCGUUCGUACAACCGCCACGGAAACAAUAGUCGAUUAACCUCGAGUUUUCGUCCAUACGUUUUAUGUAGUAAAAAAAAAAAAAAAAAAGCAAAAACAAAAAAAGAGUUUUGAUUCAGUAUUUCGCUUUAAUUAUUUCUUUUAGAUUUUGAGUUGCGUGCAUUUUCGUCUCGGACAUCUUUUCUGAAAAUAAAUUUCGUAUAAUUGCUUAUUUUGAGGGAAAUUUAGAAAAAAAAGGACAAGCUUACGGCAUGAACGUUUGAUUAUUUUCGAUUUAGUUCUUUGUUGUUGUAAUUACGUUAAACAUAACUGUAGAAAUUUUAAAAACAUUCUGAGGUCCUGAACAUUGUUGAGCUAUUUACAAGCACACGAUAUUUUUGAGUUUUAGAUUCUGAGCGGCGCAACGAAUAUACACUGUAGGUAUCUAGUAUCAAGUUUGCUUAUUUUGUUAUAUUUUGUUACAUUUUGGCUCUAGUUGGUGCAUUGUGGUGGUCAUAUUUUUAUUCUCCAAGUGGUUUUUGGAAAAUAAAUUUGGAAAUGACCGUCAAAAACAGAUAAAUUUACGGCAGUUCGGGUUUAGUUUUUCUCCUAGUAUCUUGUUCUGAAUUUCAAGAAAAAAAGAAAAUUUUGUAUAGUUUGUGUUAGUAAACAAAAAUAUCAUUUUUUUAAUAGUUGAAAAAACGUAAGAAAACAGGCCAAUUUACUGGAAUAACGGUUUAAUUAUGUUUUUUUUUUUGAAAUUUGGUUUAAAUUUCCAAACUCUUCUGUUGAUUUUUGAGCUAUUUAUUGACAUUUGACAUUUCAUUUGGUAUUGUAUGAAUAAAACUAUUUUGCCGAUUAGAAGUGCUUGAUGAUUUAACACGAGAUUUAUUAUAAGGUGUAUUUAGUUGUAAAAAAUAAAGUCGUGUUUUAUGUGAUAGUUUUUAUUUUACAUAAUAAGCGUUUUAUGUUUAAAUCUUGGCGAAUAUCGGAAAAAUCACGACAUUUCAAAACAUAACUGAACUUCAUUGAGUUGAAACGUACGAUUAUAAGUUUUUUUCUUUCUUUUAAUCAUAAACUAUUACUGUAUACCUAGUUUUUUCAAAAGUUAAUCGCGUUUCUCUGUAUAUAUCCGUAUCUGCAGAUAAUAUUAUAAUCGGUUUUAGUAUAAAUUCGCUUCGAUUUGAUGCAAAAACAAUUAUACGAUUUAAUUUACAUAAUGUUUUCGCGAAAUUAUAAUGGUUUUAAUAAUAACAAACAUCAGCAACAGACAUUUUCCUUUGAAAUGAAAACCGUUUUCACGUUUCAUCCGUAACGGAGACAAAUAGUCAAUUUUAAUAGCAUUGAAAACAACGGCGCUUAUCUCGACUCGGCUCGAAAAUAAUAGAAAAAUUCGACGCACGAAAUGUAUUUCGUAGGUUAUUAGGUUAUUCUAGACGGUGCCGUGACGCCGAUGACGCAGAGCAAAGAUGACGCGGCGGGCCGUUUCUUUUUUUUUUUCUUUUUAAAUUACAUCUUUAUGCGCGCGACUGCUACAAGUGCUCUUAAUAAUCGCAUGGCUCCGCGCCGUGUGCUAUACGCCCGGCGUACUAUUUAUUAUUAUAAUUUAAAAAAAAAACGAUCUCGUAUGCGUAUAAGUAUAAAUUGUGUAAUUUAUAUUCGCGUUCGUGAACUGUUUAACUUAGCGGCGGCGUUAAUUAAAUUAAAAUAAAUUAUUGUUGCACAGCGACUCGUAACCGCGCUCGAUGACCAUCGUCAACAUGUCCGUAAUAAACGCUCUAAGCGCGUAUAGGUUUUCAUUAGCCGUCCGUGUUCAACGCGUAUCGUGUCUGCUCGCGUCUCUGCGUAGAUUCGAUUCGUUUCAAUAGGGCCCGUGGACGUUUACGGUUAUCAACGACGAAAUCGAGAACAUUUACAAAUCGGGCGGACGUUUCUGAUCACGCGCAUGUUUGUCUCCGUCUUGCGAAUACACGACGUAGGUAUGUACGCGGCAGAUUUGCGGUCGGCGAAGUAAAAAAAAAAAUAAUACAAAAAAAAAAAAAAAAAACUAACGCCGAACAUUGAUCAUAAUAUUCAAACUCGUAUUGCGUAUCGCUUAGAAGCGUAAUUUGCAGAAUCCCGGUACAAUACGCCCAGCGAUAAGUCACCGUCUCUCUAAAAAAAAAAAAAAAUUAUCAACGAGUUACGAGAGCAUGUUUUUCAAUAAAAAACUAGUCGCGCGCGUGCAUGCAUACGUUGACAUAAUUUAACACUAUUGAUUGAUUAUUAUUUUCCAUCGGUAUUAUUCAUUUUCGAACAACACUCGUGUUGUCCGAAUAUAAUAUUAUAAACGUCAUUGUUUACGGUUAGAUCGAAUUGCGAUGUGUCAACAAAUGUGUAAAACAAUCCGCAUGUGUUCCCAAAUGCAUCUGUGAUGACACCGGUGGCGUCGGCAUUGUUCCUUUUUUAAUCAGAAAUCCCCCGAUGACAUCACCGAUGACCUUAUCAAUCACCGCGUUAAAGAGGUUGUCGAGUGACAGGUGGUACGGUGAAUUCGUUAUCAUGCCGAUAACAUUUAAUUUAUUAUUUCAUAUUCGAUAACAUCUGCUGCAGUGACAGUAGUUCCAUCGCUAGUGACCGAAAACGAUGUCCCUUUUAACUUUUAUUGUGUUAUCGAACAACAUUUAGGAUCAUUUUCACCCGUAUGGAGUAAUUAUUUUUGACAAAAAUGAUCGUUAAAUUAGAUAAUUUCGUUGCUAUAUUCCGAAUGAAAUAUUUUGUUACUUUUAUUAGAAUAUCCGCAUCACAUCGAUGCUUGUACGUCAAUAUAAUAGUUUUGACUUUAUGCAUUUGGCCUCACUUUACUUGCGCAUCACGUGUAAGCAAUACGUUACCCCUUAAAUCGAUAAUUUUCGCAAACCUCAUAAUAAAGUUUGAAAACAAAAAAAAAAAAUGAUUGUGCGAUAUUUUAAUGACCAACACUAAACGAAUAUAGUGAUCACCUUGUUCUCGUAAAAAUAUAAUAUUAUUAGGAGUUACACCGGCGAAUACAAUUCAUCGGAGUCAACAGUAUUUCUCUGCUGGGACUUUGAACUGUGUUAAUGAAACGUAAUAUUAUGUUUGGUUCAUAAUAAUUGUGGAUAUUAUAACACAGCGUGUUUCACUUUAAUGAUAAUACGAAAUGUUUCAGCCGGAUAGACUCAGAUUGAAAUGGUUUUUUUUUUUUUUUUUUUUACAAAUUGUUGCAACUAAUGUAACCCAUUAUAACUUACGUAAUUUGUUACUGUCUCAAAAAUUGCCCUUAACUCGGGGGUAUAAGAAUAAUAAGCACCGAGUUGAUUAUUAAAAAUUCAACUCCUGAACAAUGUGCAAUGUGCAUGCCUAAAACAAUAUUUAAAUUUUCUUAAACACUCAUUGUUAGGAACAGUCGAAUUUUUUUUUUUUAGCGACUUUGACUAUUACGAUUUGUUUCUGUCUCAAAAAUUGUCUCAAUUUCAUAUAAAUACGAUUUAUUAAAACAUAUUAUUAUUUUUCGAUUUUUCAAAAAAUUUAAAAUUUUCGGUUCUAAAAUUGAAGAAAUUCGAUUACGGCAAUAGUUUUACGGGGGCAAAUGUAUAAGUAAUCAAAAUAAUCAUAAUAUUCUGCAUAAUAACCGAUCUUCUUAAACGAAACUCCACUUAAAUCCUAAGUCUAUCAUGCUAAAAUGUUCCGUGUUACUAUUAUUUUAGUGAAAAAACGCACUGUAUAUAACAUAACUCACUCUGUUCGUCGUUUCAAAAACCGCCAAGACGCGUUUUUAGGCACUUUUAAUAAGAAUUUUCCUUUCCAGUCGUUUCUGUUCGCGUCCGUCAUAAUCUUUAUCGUCUCAUAAUGUGCACUUACUGUAAAUCGAUUUACGGAUUGUGAUUCGAUGGCGUCGUUAUGUUAUGGAGUAGUUAUAGUUCUGUGAGUCUGUAGACUCGCACAUCAAUGUGGGUGUGUGAUGAAUAAAUAUGUAUAGUAGGAAGAAUGGCUAAAACGAAAAGUCAUUAAAUGUUUUUGUGCAAAAUGCUUUGAGGUGUUAAAACGCGAGUUAAUCUAUAAACGGAUUUCAUUCAUUUGUUGUGAUAUUUUUUCAAUAAACGGGCGUGGGUGUGUAAUAUUAUGGUUCGUUGUCCCUCAUGCAGUACAAGUUUACACCGCCGCCACUGAAUUCUGUAUACUCAUAUUCAAAUAAAAAAAAUGUAAAAAAAAAAAAAAUGAUAAUAAUAAAAACAAUAAUGUUGUAUAAUAUGCGUAUUAUUCGCAACAAAAAACAGUUUAUUUUAUUAUUAUAAUAACAAUAUUAUGUUCAAUGGAAAACAGUAAUUGCGUUUAUCAAAUGCGUAUACUUCUUUAUCGACACGAUUGCGUGUGUUCUACUAUAAUGGCAUUAUAAUCAAUAAAAUUGUAUUAUUGCAGCAUCGCUACUCAUAGUUUUUACCGGAUACAAAUAUAAUAUAAUAUACUAUAUUAUGUGAUGUGAUAUACCUACCUAAUUUAAUUUGUAUAGAUUAAUUUAAAAAAAAAAAAAAAUCUGAAAAUAAUGAAAUACCGUAAAUCGUAUGUUCUUUUUUCGAGUUUUCUCAAUUAUUGUUAUUGCCGUUCGGAAAAUAAAAAAAAUGACCCCGAUACAUCCACUAUGGAUUCAAAAUUCAACAAAAAAGAUAUUUUGUUAUUUUUUGAUCGGAGCAAGAUUUUUGGUAGAUAAGUAGUAAAUUCUUUACAAGUAAAACAAAUUAAUAAAUAAUCUUACGUCAUAAUGAAACCAACGAAUUCCUCAGAAUCUAAAAAAUUAUAUUUGUUUAUUUAAUUGACUUAUUUAAACAUAAACCGCGCAUAUAUAUUGAAAAAACCGCUGAUGGGUAUUUCACUAUUUUAGGAGAGAAAUUGGAAGCAAGGAUAUAAAGAGUACCUAAUCUAAUCUAUAUAUGCACCCAAUGAUGGACCACUGAUAAAGGAAAAUAAAGUAUUUUUUUCCUUUAUACCAAUCCGGAAAUCAAAAAAAAAAAAAAAAAAAUGUGCAAACUAUUGUCAGUUUUUCACAUUUAUUAAGACAACUACGAGGAAAUUAAAAUAAAAAGACCACCUCGUGCACCAACUAGAAGAAAAAUGCUACAAGAACGUGCCUAAAGGUUUUUACUGGAGCGAGAUAUCUAAUAGAAAAGUUGUUUACCAACACACGCAAAAAAAAAAAAAAGAAAAAAAAAGAAACACAUAGUAAAACCAAUACAUUUCUCGUUUCGCUCAGAAUCUAAAACGGGAAAUAGUAAAUAUACUCGUAGAAUUUUCGAAUUGCACGCAGGCAUCAUUACGUUGUUAUAAUUGUAUACGCACACUGAUAUCAGCGAUGAGAUCCGAUUCGAAAUUCAAGUAUAUUAGUAAUAGUUUAUUAUUUUCCGAACCGCUAAUCAAAUAUAAUUAUUCACGAUUUGAAGUCAUAAUAUUAUAUUAUUAUUACCUGUUGUAUGAAACACUAGGAAAGGUCAUCUUAAUAUCUUUUACAGUUUAGGUCAUCGUUGGGUAUCAUCUAUAUUACUAAUAAAAUCAUUCCAUUCUGAUUGUGUGAUAGAGCUGUGUUGUACUUACACAAAACGUGUAUUUUACGAAUUCUUUAUAGAAAUAUACACAUUUCGAUUUUAAACGUUCUAAAUAUUGUUUCAAUUAUAUUUUACAUACAUAUAUUAGACUCUGAGUGCAUAGCGUAGAAACUAGAUGCUAUUAGUUUUCCUAAGAUGUAUUGUUUCUCUACGGAAACACUUUUCCGGUUAACAAACAUUUUCUAAAUUAUUAUCACCAAACUGUAUAGUACGUGGAUAUUUCGUCCGGCGGUACUUUAUUUGCAAAAAACCGUCUUGGUUUCCUACAUUUUCGAGCUACAAUUGAAAAAACACAUUUAUAUUACUCCGCUCAAAAUCGGAAUGAUGUACCCUCGCUUUGAGUAUACACAUUAAAUUACAAGUGACCUACACGUGGUGUGAAGUACUGAAGUUUAUUACGUUCGGUUUUUAUCCAUACAUCGGUUUACUAAAAUUGUGUUUUUCCACGUGCGCAAGCUGAUAAAUAUAGUUAUUUUUGAACUUAUAACAAUGUACAUUAAUAGAGUCUGAUACUGCUGAUGGGCGUGCCACUGUUUUGGGGGGAGAAAUUGUAACUGAGGAAAUUUAGAGUGAUUCAAUUUAUAUCUUUACGCAACGAUAAACUGUUGUUAACGGAAAACGAUUCUGAGCAGAGUAUUAUUAGCCAUAUUUUCCCCUUGUUUCCAAGUUAGCUUAGAAAUCAAUAAAAAUGAUACACAAAUAUCCAGUUUUCUCCAUUUACCAAGAAAACUAUUAGAAAAAUCAAAAAAUGACUGGCUAGAUCAUAAAUGCUACAAGAAAAUUGCUACCUACUAUACCUAGUUAUACCUACUCGUACGUAACAUAUACAAAAUUUAGCAAUGUUUUUCAAUUCAAAUUGGACGUAUCGAUUAUAGUUAUUUAAUAGAAAUACAAUUUUAUUAAUAUUAUAUUUCGUAUGUUUCAAUGUAAAAACAAAGUUUAAUUGCGGUUACACGUUAUGAGUAAAUAGAUUUUAAUUUGGAAUGGGGAUAUAAUAUUACGAUGAGCGUAUAUCAUUUCUAUAAAUAUUAUACAGUUGAUUAUACAGCCGUUGGACUAUGAAGUCAGCACGCAUAUGUAUAAAUUAUGCGUAUGUAUUUUUUUUUAUCGCCAUCGAAUUUUUAUGAUACCUGUAUGAAAACAGAGGCUAUUCCGCGUAAACCCAAGUAAAAAGAUAAAUAAAAUAGAUUUUAAAGUGUAAUUGUACACAGGUAAAAGGCAUAACCUUUAUAUUGUUACAUUCUUGUUUUAGAAAAUAAGUCCGCAGUAUUUCUUAUGACGAAGCGGCCGUUUUCAAAAUCGGUAGAAAGUAACGGGUUUAAAAAUAAGCGGGCGCUCUGUGUUUCGGUGAAACGACCACAUUGUAUUAUACAGGCACACGUUAUGGACAAUUAUCGCUCACCGCAAUAACGAUAGCCUCCGACUGGUUGGGAAACUGCGUAAGGAAAAUGUCGGUUGUUUUCAAAAUCGCCCAUCUGGCGGUUCGUGCACAAUUAAAAACGGCGUACGUUUUAAAUUGUAAAUUCGUUUUCAAUACCAGCCAUAUCGAACGGAUUUCGCAACAAAACUUCCGGUGUCGGUCACUUCUAUGUAACGGUCAUUAUUUCCGGUCCCUUCGGUGACCGUUAUGCCAUGGAUGUUUUAUUGUAUACCGAAAUCAUCUACGCGGACGUCUGUGUAUAACUCGCUCAGGUAGUAAACAUCCGUUUACAGAAUACAUCUUCAAAAACCGUAUACUUGCUGCGCGCACUCCGAAACUAUAUGAUAUUCUCACGAUUCCAUGUAUGCCGAUUACAAAACCACCGAGUAAAAAAUUCCGAACAAAAUGGCAUCCCGUCCGUGAAUUGUACGCCGUCUAUCUAUAGUGCGUUAUUAAUAUCUAAUUGUGAUAUUCGUACACCAAUCAGUCGUCUAUUAAUAUAUUGCGUUUUGAGCACAUUAUUACAGUCGGCGGAAUAUCAAACCCAAUUGAGAUCAAUAAAACCUCAACGUUCGGUUAGGUGUACGAAUUGUAUAUUGAUGUCGAGGAGACCGUUUGCAUCACCGUCGUUUACGCAUCAUAUUACAAUAUAGCAACCAUAUACAUAACAUGUUAUUGCCCGUCAAUUGACGCAGUGUAGAGACGUUUGUACGACCGUUAGACGUGACGAAUCCAAUAAAACCGCAAUAAUUGACGGUCCGUGAAAAUGUCUUGUACUGCAAAAUACCCGACUGCUUGUGUCACCCGAACACUCGAACCCAAAAACGAAAUAUUAUUUCGAAAAUUCUUAUUGGUUUUGUAAUGUACAAAAGUUAAGGUUCGAGUCACUUUUGGAUGCCGAGUGGAGCAAGGAAUGCAUUGGUUUUACAAUGAUGCUUAUUAUUAUUUUUUUAUGUGAACACUUUUUCUACCAGAGAGCUUACUCCGAUUAUCAAGUAUAGCACCUUUUAUGAAAGGAAAUGUUCUUUGGGUGGUACGUAAGCAAGGAGGGCAUUUUUUUACAAUUCUCAUUAAUAUUCGAGAUAAUGAGGAAAAUCCGGUUCUUUUUAGGUUAAAAAAGAUUGAAAGAUUAAAAAUAAGGUUGUCAUUGUAUUUGUUUUUUUUUUGUUAUUCAAUUUGUAUUAUUUCAAUUUUUUUUAAACAAUCAUCGUUGUAAUGGAAACGGACAUUGUAAUCAUUUAUCAUUUACAUGUAAACUAUGGUUUAUCGUUGCUUACAGAUAUCAUUAAAUUCUCGUCCGUAUUCUACCAUCCCAACUUCCCGCCUAUAACAGUGGCUGCAUCCAAAUGUGAAGUAUGUCCGUCCUUUUUUUUAAUGCGCAACUAAUAAAAAUAAAAAUAAAAUGUAAAAUACGAUUUUUGGUAGGUGUAUAAUAUAGUAUAUACAUAUGAUAAUAAGUUGAUUUAGGGCAGUGUUUUUUAAUCUUUUACGAAUCGCAACCUCCUAUUUUUGUCCAUGUAAGACAAUCCCUUAAAAAUGAUUUAACAGAACUUCAAUAAUACGAUAAACAGUACGCAUGUAUACAUGAAACUUUUUAAAGGCCUUUUCAUUCACGUAAACGCAUUUUUUUUUUUUAUCUAACUCGUUAGAAAUAAGGAAGGCGGCUUCUUGGUAACUUCGUUAUUUUUCUUAGUUAAUUAGUUUUAAUUAUCCAGUUAUUUUAUUGUUAAAAUUUAAGUUAUUUCCAAAACGUCUUUAAAGAAUUAUUUAUUACGAAAAACUGUAGAUAUCUGAUAUGUGUUUCGCAUUUACAUUUCACCGGAAGUUAAGUUUUUAUUUUAUGUUAAUAUUAUUAUCGACGUUUAUCAUAUUAGAAUAUAAAAUACGUUUAUGCGAAUGUAGAUAUGCAAGGCCGUUAAGGGUAAUUUUAAAAAAAAGAUCUACAUUUAACCCGGGUAAUUUAAGUUAAAAUUUUCCUUUGGGGAUCGGUUAAUUUUUGACACACACAAAAAAUGUAUGUGUGUCCGUUUGGAUUUGAUCCGUUAAAAUGUUAAAUAACAUUUAAAAAGCCCAACACUAAUUUUCCCGAAAACGUGGAAGAUUUCAUUCCAAUUCGUUUAUAUUUUAUAACGAACUUUAAUUUAAGUUAAUGUAAUUCUAAUAUUAUUUUUAUUUUUGGAUGGCUCAUCUCAAACUAGUUGAAUGGAAAAUCGGUUAAUUUAUCCGGUUUUGAACAUUUUUGUGUGCACGCACGCCAAAAUUAUCGAAUGUACGUCACGGAGAGACGGGGGGGGGGGAAAUCUCGUUUUAUUCUACAGCGCGUGACGAUAUUAUGUUAUUUAUCAAUCGAUCGCGUCUGUUCAAUAAAAAAUUCGUACAUUAUCGAAGGCGUAUUUCGUCAUAUUUUAUACAUGAGUACGUCAUCCGCGGCGCGGGACCGCGAGCACUGACACGCGUAUAAUUUGAUAGACGAGCGGUGCAGAAUAUUAUUAUUUUAUUAUUUCCCUCUCCCGUUCUGCAGGUUGUCGGAAUUUAUUACGUUUCUCCCGGCGUAUGGGGGAAAAAAAAAGACAAGUAUUAAUAAAAAAAUAACAAACAACAUAUUUUCCACGAUGGGUGGGCCGCUGUUGUAGGUGAGAAGUCGGGAAGGUAGAUGGACAAUUUAUGCAUAUCUAUACGCAACGGUUAACCAUUGCUAACGAAAAACGAUUCUGAGCGGCGGAGUUAGGUUAUACAUGUUUUGAAAAGCCGUAAUAUUUACGAUUUGAAAUAAAAAAAAGUGACUUCCCUAAUGCACCACCCCAGUCGGAUUUACUAUCAGAAAAAGUGAUACACUUGAAAAUCAGAGUGAAAUUUCCGGUAGAAAAGUUGUUAAUAGGACAAAAAUAAACAUCAUUCUAAAAACCAAAACAUUUCUCGCUCAGCUCAGAGUUUAAAAAAAGUACAGAAAUGUGAGGUACCUGUCUAUAAACGGUUCACGCGGUCAAAAUAAUUGUUUUUUUUCCAAACGUCUUAUGACCACGAAGUAUGUUCAAUAUGACGCGAGACUUCGAACGUUAUAUUUGAUAUUCAAAAUAUCAUAAUAAACAAGUACAAGUAUAAGUAUAUAUUUAUAUUAAUUUACCCCUUUAAGCAUAGCUUGUGGUGGGGUAAACGAGUUAUUUGUUAACAAACUUUAAAAAUAAAAAUAAACAGAAUAUUAAUAAUAAUUUGUGGUAUUAGACACUUUCAUCUUACAAAGAUCAGCGAUCUGCAUCGCCUCGUUGGAAAUAUCGAUUACCGUCGUAUUAAUAUCUUCUUAACCACGAUAUAUUAUAUAAAUUAGUAUUGCAAUUUAAAUUCACGUUCAUUAUUUAUUUCCCGUGUUAUCAUAUUGCCUGCAGUGAUGGCUCGAAGGAGGUAUGUUUAAAUCAUGUGAUUCACAAAAAAAGGGUGAGUGGGCCGUGGGUGCCUGGGUGUUUAGAUAUAUAACAAAAAUUAUUAUGUUUUUACAGAACAAAAGUCGUUAAAAGAAUUUUAGACUGUUGAAAUUUGAUAAAUUUGACGAAUGUCAUUUGUCAUAGGGUGAGGGUAUUUUUGGGUUGGGGUGGGUGAAAAGCUAAAUUGGUGAUUCCAAGUUAAAAAUUAUUUCGAGCCGCUGAGUACAUUUAUAGUUGUUCUUAAACGAUUUUCACUCGUUUAUUAAACGUUUUUAGUGACUUUUUUUUAACUGUUAAAAUAUCGAUUUAACAUUCUUUUGAAUAUAUUAUAUUAAAUCGCCAUCACUUGUAUUGGUUUUUUUUUUCACAGUAUUUUGUAAUACACCUAUAUUUUUAUGGAGUUUCGUUCAUGUUUAUAAAAAUAAUACAUUUACGUGUUUAAACGAUAAUAUUUAGACGGAAAUGAACAAGAAAACAAUUUAUUCUCAGCGUUUUAAACGCGUAUAAAUCCGUUUUCCGUAAUGAUAGUAAUAAAUAUAAUAAUUAAUUUGGAACGGGCGAUUUGAUACCCUGCGACACUUGAGACAGUACCGAACAUCGAAAUUCGAAAUCGAGGACAUUUUCGGUAUCUAUCGAUUUCGAUAUUUUAUUAUGUUAAAACGAUGAGCGCUAACGUAGUAAUCCCGCUGUGAUUUAAAAAAUUUAAUUAAUUAAAUUAGUAUUUUAAAUUCUGAGUGUAGCGAGAAAUGUAUUGAUUUUACUAUAUCAUGAUGCGUAUUUAAAUGUGUAUUUGUUUUCUUCUGUCUGUAAACAACUGUUUUUUUACCAAAAUUCUUGCUCCGAUUUUAUCAAGUCGAUAUAUUGGGGAGGUCAUGUUCCUUGUAGUUUUCUUAAUAAUUGGGAAAAACGUAGGGAAAUUUAUGGUAAUACGGUUUUUUAUUAUCUUUUUGUUUUUUCAUUGUAAUUUUGAUGAUUGGUCAAUUAUUGCAUUGACCCGGAAUGUUCGAAGAAUAAGUGAAUAUGAUGAACAUGCGCACUCAUAUUAGUCUUUUCUAGACGCGGUGAUAUUUUUGAGCAUUGUAGAGCUAUUUAUUUAGACAUUUUAGAUUAGCGAGGUUAAGUAAUUUGUCUUUGAUUUAAUGCGGAUAAAAGUGUUCUGGCCCAGCCAAAACUCUUUGAAACUUUAAACACGAGGUUCAACAUAAGUUGUAAUUGGCGGUAAGUCCAGCGAAAUGUAUAGACGUUUUUCAAGCGUUGAAAUUUGUUGAAAAAGUUGAAAUUUUACGAAAAUCGUACGCGAUCAUCGUUCAAAAUCGUUUUCCGUUAACAGUGAUUUAUCGUGCAAAACGCAUUUACCUCGUAUGCAAUUACGUUUUUUUUUUGAGGUAAUUGCCUCAUGACUAAAAUAUGUGGGUGAGUGGAUGACCAAAUAUAUUUAAUGUUGAUUGAUAUUGACUAGUUUAUAAAGAUCAGAGGUGCUUUUAGUUUAUUUAUUAUAUUUAUAAUAUACCUACUAACAAAUACGAUAGCCUAUAUUACGUAGUCAAUACGGGUAAAUAAAGUUUUUAGUGUAAUUAUUUGUAGGACAUAGAUAAAAAUCUAUGUUUUGAUCGGGUUGGGCCCUAAAUUUUUUGUUUUGCCACAAAUAUGAAAGUAUGUCAGUACGCCAAUGCUCGUAUGUAUUCUACAUUUCUAACUUUUCGCCUAUCAGAGUACCUAUUUACUGUAAAGCGCUCUAUAUUCUCAACAAUAAUUACACGGGGACAGACUUCAGAAGGGCGUACCGGAGUGUUGAGGUUUUUUUUUCAGUAUUUUAGAUUCUGAGUGGAGCGAAGAAUGUAACGGUUUUAUAAGGAUGAUUAUAUUUCUUUUCCUGUGAACAACUUUUUCACCAGACAGUUUGCAUCACUAUCAACUGAACGCCGCUCAGAAUCGUUUUUAGUAAGCCACGGUUUAUCGUUGUUUAUAGAUACAAAUUAAUUUCCUCUCUAUAUCCUACCUUACCGACUUCUCACCAACAAUAGUGGCUGCACCCGCUAUCCUAGGACAGCUUUUUUUUUUCUUUUUUCUUUUCCUAAUGAGACUCCGUAAAUUUUUUCCAAGUGGAUAAUAUUAGGAUAUCUAAACGAGGCGAAACGUCAACAGGACACCGAAACGUAAUGUUUUGCUCUCUAUACAGCACAAUGAUAUUGUUCGGUAUUUGGUCUGGUGCUUACGUCACGCGCUCAUGUCGUACAAUAUAAACGCGCGAGUAUCGGCGCGCGCGCCCGCGUGCGUGCCGGCGGCGCCGUCCGUGUUGUUGUCCCGUGUGCGCGCGUUGCGACGGUCGCGUCCCGUCCGUCUCUCCUGUCGGCCGUUUUUCGUGUUUUCCCCCGGGGACGUGUCGCACGCGGACGCCGUCGUCACCGGUCCCCGAUAACGACUGCGGCGUAUUGUCCCGGUUCCAUAAUAUUUACACCGGGGCGCGUAGAAUAUCGCCGUGAGAAUAACAACGAAAACCGCUACCGAUUACAAUAACGUCACCGUACGGCCGGGCGAAAAGACGACAUUGUCAUAUUUUACAACAACAAUAAUAUACGGCAAUAUCGCCGAAAACGUAUUUAAUUCACACGUGUGGUCGUUGCGUUUUUCGCAGGGAUGCGGUAA